AUGACAACGUCAACAUUUCCCAAAUCACAUUAUCAUCAAAAUUUUAUUCUUAUUUAUUUAAAUAAUUCAAACAAUGAUAAUAAUGAAAUUGAUCAACUUAAAGAAAUUAUAUUUGAAAUAAAUAAAUUCAACGAUCCAGAUCAAUCUAUUGAUUUUCUUACUGAUGUUAAAGAUGUAAAAGUAUUUAUGAUUAUCAAUGAUUCUAUUAGCAAUUAUUCUCUACCACUUAUUUGUAAUAUUCCUCAAUUACAUUCUAUUUAUAUUUUAUCUAAAAAUGAAAAUCAAUUCGAUGAAUCAAUAAAUGGUGAAAAAAAGUUACAAGGCAUUUUUAAUAAAAUCGAAGAUAUAUAUAAUUUAUUGAAGAAAAAAACAAAAGAAAUUGAUCGUAAUUUAAUUCCAAUGAGUAUUGUGUCAUUCGAUAAUUCUUGUAAAAAAGAAUUGAAUGAACUUGAACCAUCAUUUAUGUAUUCACAAUUAAUUAAAGAAAUUUUAUUUGAUAUUGAAUAUGAUCAAGAUUCUAAAGAAAAAUUAAUUCAAUUUUGGCGUAAUUCACAUCAUCAAAAAGCUGAUGUAAAGGUAAUUAAUGAAUUCGAAAAAGAUUAUCAUCCGAGCUUAGCUAUUCCGUGGUAUACGCGAGACUCAUUUAUCUAUUCAUCACUCAAUCGAGCAUUACGACUAAUGGCUAUUGAUCCUAUUAUUAAAAUGGGAUGUUUUCUAAAUGAUGUACAUCAACAAAUUAAACAAGAAUAUGCAGUGCAAUUAUCAACUAGCACAUUCCCAUUGAUUGUCUAUCGUGGGCAAAAAAUGUCUAAUGAUGAAUUUGAUAAAUUACAUCAGAAUCAAGGUGGUCUUUUGGCAUUUAAUAAUUUUCUAUCAACUUCUGAAGAUAUUAAUGUUGCAAAAGUGUUUUGUUCUAAUGAUUUACACGAAGCCGAUAUGACAUUUGUUCUUUUUAAGAUCACAAUUUAUUCAACUGAUACAUCAACUCCAUUUGCGUCUAUAAAACAUCUUAGUAAGAUGAAUGACGAAGAUGAGAUUUUAUUCUCAAUGCAUAGUGUCUUUCGAAUUGAUAUGAUUCAUAAAAUGGAUGAUAGUUCCUGGCAAAUCGAUUUAAUAUUGACGACCGAUAAUGAUGAGCAACUUGAGGGACUAACACAAGACAUGCGAAAACGAACAUCAGGAUUGACUGGAUGGUAUCGUCUUGGAAAACUAUUAAUCGAUAUAGAAGAAUUCACAAAAGCUGAAGAGAUUUACGAAAUAUUACUUCAUUCAUCUCUAGCUGAAGAUGAAGAAGACCGUUCUAAAAUAUACAAUUAUCUUGGAAUGAUUUCCCAUGGUAAGGGUCAUUUUCAUGAUGCACUCGUAUUCUACCAGAAGACAUUAGAUAUUCAAGAGAAGAUUUUAUCUUCUGAUCAUCGUGAUCUCGCUACAACAUACAAUAAUAUGGCUAUAGUAUAUUUAGCCAUGGGAAAUUAUCCGACUGCACUUUCUUUCUUUGAAAAGAAUUUAGAUAUUCGUGUAUUAUAUCAUGAAAUAGGAGAUUAUCGAAAUGCACGCUUAUCACUCAGAAAGGCACUAGAAAUUCAAGAGAAUUUGCCUUAUACAAACCAUCCUGAUCUUGCAACUAUUUAUGAUAAUAUUGGUGUCCUAUAUCAAAGUGAAGGAAACUACUCUAAUGCACUUUCUUUCUAUUUAAAAGCUGGUGAGAUUAGCCGAAAAACACUUCUUCCGAAUCAUCUAACUAUAGCUAUUAAUUACAAUAAUAUUGGUGAUUUAUAUCAGAAAAUGGAAAUGAAUUCUCUGGCACUUGAUUUUCAUCAAAAAUCUCUUAAAAUUCGAGAAAAAUAUUCAUCUUCUAAUCAUCCUGCUCUAGCUGUGGCUAACGGCAACAUUGGCUCAUUAUAUCAUAGUAUGGGAGACCAUCCAAGUGCCCUGUCAUUCUAUGAAAAAUCACUUGAAAUUCAAGAAAAGUUUUUACCGACGGAUCAUCCUAGUAUAGGAUUAAAGUACAAUAAUAUCGGUGCUCUAUAUCGAGACAUGGGGGAUUAUCCAAAGGCGAUAGUAUACUAUGAGAAAUCGUUAGAAAUCCAACGAAAAUCUCUUCCUUCAGAACAUCCCGAUCUGGCUACUACUCUGAUAAAUCUCAAUACUGUACGUUUAGAAAUGGGAGAUUAUGCAGGUGCCCUCUUAUCAUGUCAAAAGGCUCAAGAAAUUCUAGAAAAAUCAUUACCAGUGGAUCAUCCAGAUCUGGCUAAAACUUUCAACAUCAUUGGUUGUGCGCAUUUUCAGAUGGGAGAUUAUUCAAAUUCAUUAUUAUUUCAUGAGAAAGCACUUGAUAUUCGAGAAAAAUCUUUAUCCUCUGAUCAUCCCGAUCUUGGUGAAACAUAUAUUAAUAUCGGUACUAUAGACUUCAUCAAGGGUCAAUAUUCCAAAGCACUUUCAUUUUGUCAAAAGGCAUUUGAAUUAUUUGUCAAGAUUCUUCCUUCGAAUCAUCCUCGUCUAGCUCACGUCCAUAGCCAGAUUGCUAAAGUUCAUGAUGAACUGGGAAACUAUUCAGAUGCAUUGUCAAAUUAUGAAAAAGCACUCGAAAUCUACGAAAAGACCCUUUCUUCUACUCAUCCUUCUUUGGCUUCUAUUUACAACCAUCUUGGUAAUUUACAUUCCAACAUGGAACAUCAUUUAGAUGCACUCUCAUUUUACGAAAAGGCAUUAGAAAUUCGAAAAAAAUCUCUUCCUCCCAAUCAUCCGGAUAUAGGUGAAGUAUACAACAAUAUUGGAAGAGUUCAUGAUAGUAUGGGAAACUAUUCAAAUGCACUAUCAUACUAUCAAAAUACAGCUGAAAUAUUCGAAAAAAAUCUUCCUAUCAAUCAUCCUCAUAUAGCCAUGAUUACUGGAAAUAUUGGUAAAGUAUACGAUAAUAUGGGAGACUACGCAAGUGCACUUUCUCACCAUACAAAAGCGCUUGAAAUCUUCAAAAAAUCGUAUCCUUCCGAUCAUCCAUACAUGGCCAAAACCUAUAGAAAUAUAGCUUCAGUAUAUAAUAAUAUGAAAGAUUAUGUCAACGCACUUCAAUAUUAUGAAAAAGUAAUUGAAAUUCAAAAUAAGUGUUUAAAUUCGGAUCAUCCGGAUUGGUUUGAAACAUACAACAAAAUUGGUAUAGUACAUGAUAAUCAUGGAGAUUACUCAACGGCAUUAACAUUUUUUAAACGUGCACUUCAUAUUCAUCAGACUUCUUUUCCCAAUAAUCUCUCUCAGUUACAACAGUUACAAGAAAAAAUAUCUUCUCUCGAAACAAAAUUAUAG